UCAGACUCCUCGAGGAAGAAGGUCAACCCACUAACAAUUGACUGCCAGUAAAACUUCACUCUGACUGUGGACUGAGCACAGAAAAAGCUCAGGACAGACGCCGUUCACUUAUAGCACUCCGGUCAGCUAAAUCCAUACUUACAAAUAUGACUGCAUGCAUCUUCACACGAGGACACAAAAUUGACAGAGAAUUGGCAGAUGAUGAAAUUGAAGAGCUGAGAGAGGCAUUUAAUGAGUUUGAUAAGGAUAAGGAUGGACUAAUUAGCUGUAAGGACCUGGGAAACCUGAUGAGGACCAUGGGUUACAUGCCAACUGAGAUGGAACUGAUAGAGUUGGGCCAGAACAUUAACAUGAACUUAGGAGGGAGAGUAGACUUUGAAGACUUUGUAGAGUUGAUGGCUCCAAAGCUAUUGGCUGAAACAGCCGGGAUGAUCGGUGUAAAGGAACUACGAGAUGCUUUCAAAGAGUUUGAUAUGGAUGGUGAUGGAGAAAUCACUACAGAGGAGCUGAGGUCUGCUAUGAGUAAACUACUGGGAGAGCAUAUGAACCAAAGAGAGAUUGAUGCUGUGGUCAGAGAGGCAGACAACAAUGGUGAUGGGACAGUAGACUUUGAAGAAUUUGUGAGGAUGUUGUCAAACUGCUGAGAAGAUCAUCCAUGGUUACCAUGCAGAAAUAUAAAACAUGCAAAAUGCACACCUGCAAAAAAUGCAUACAAAUACAAACAUGCACAUGAAUAGUAGACAAUUAAUACAGUCUUGUUUCCACGCCAUAUGCAAAACUCUCAUUGCAAUACUGAGUUUUUUUGUGGUGGGGGGGGGGGGGUAAGUAUAGUUUUAUUACAUUAUGUGUUGUAUUCUAUUAAUUUACCCAGUCCGAUUA